GAUUAUGUCGCCCCCACGAGCAAAUCAACUUAUAUUAAAUCUUAAUCACUAAUUAAAAAAAACAGCAUUAUUUAUCAGUAUUAUUCGAACUAUAGCUGAGAGAGAUGGUUCCAAGCCCGGCAAGUGCGCUCGCGCCUGCGUCAGUUUAGUUAGGUUUUCCCGUUGUGUGACAAACUGCAAUAAGUACGUUUUUGACCUGACUUGUGUCUGACUCAUUUGUUUCCAUUUUAGUUUUCAUCGUUACGUACUAUUACGAGUAACUCCGAUAACAUCACACGUAUCGCUCGUCGGCUCGUUGCCUCCAAAAUAAUUUAAAGGAGAGACAUAGCAAGAAAUGGGGCUGUGCUUUUCGCUUGACUGCGGGGAUUGUGACUUGUGCUGCAACCCUUGUUGCCUCGCCCUGAGCGCCUGCUGUCUGGUGCCCUGCCUGUGUCCGAACGCUUGCGGCAACCAGCAACAACCGCCCCCGACCGUGAUAGUUCAGCAGCCGCCCGUGGUAGAGCAGCACCCGCCUCCGGGCUACCCGUACCCUCCACAAGGCGGUUAUCCCGGCUACCCAGGCUAUCCCCCGCCAGGAGGAUACCCUCCGCAAGGCUAUCCUCCUCAAGGCGGAUAUCCUCCAAUGGGCUGUAACAUAUCCUGUCGGCCGUGCUGCUGCUGCUGCAUCCCGUGCCUGUGCUGCGACUGCUGCGGCGACCCUCCGCGCAGCAACGUGGUGCACCACCACGUCAACGUCAUCCAAGCACCGCCCGCGCCGACCCGGAACGGGCGAUUUGAACCACCGCCCGCGUAUAGAUAACGAUUUCUGAAUUGUUUAUAUUUUUUCAACUAGAAACCCAAAGAUCCCUGCAGCUAUUACUGUUAAUGUACUUACCUAUAGUUGGUCAUAAAAUUGCUUUACCAUUUUUUAGGUUCAGUAUCUCCAGAGAAAAAUGGAACCUUUAUAGAUCCUUUCCUUUGACCUAGAAUCAUGAAAUUUGGGAUAGCAAUGUUUUUAGCAUAAAGUUGGUAAAGUAAUUUUAUGGUUGUUAAAUUUUUGUAACUUUUAUGAUUAUUAUAUAAAAUGUGUAUAUAUACCUAAGUAUUUAGAUCAUUUUACAGCCGGUAGAUAGGUAGGACUAUAUGAAGAUCAUAGAGUAUCUAUUUUAUUUUAAAUGUGCAAUAAAAAUAAAUAUAAAACAUACUUAAAUAAUGUUCAUUUGAGCCUCAAUAACUCAACGGUUACCGGUGGUCUCUCGCGUCACUCGCUCCAUACAAAUGUAGUUUAGCUCUCAUUUAAAUAUUAACUAAUCGAACUCAAUAAAACUUUGUGGACAUGUUUAAUUUGUAAUUAAAUAUGUGUCUGCGGUUUACCAAAUUUUCGUAAAAUAUUUAGUUUUACAGUGACAUGAGUUAAAAUAUUGUAUGUAAUUCUUUGAGCCCGUGUUACUUUCAAGCUAAAUAUUUUAACAGAAAUCUGGCAUACCAUAGACAUAAAUAUUAAUUUCAAAACGUGUUUUCAAAAUUUUAUUGAGUAGGUAAGGAGUAGGUUAUCUAAUUGGGUAGGUUAAUACUCAAAUGAGAGUUAAACAACAUUACGAUAACUAGUUAAGUUGCAGUAUUGUCGUACUUAAGUGUUAAGAGGGAUUGAGUCAUGUUUAAACCCUAGCCCUACUGCAAAUCUUUAAAAAAUAACAAUGCCAGUUAUUUCUAUAAACUGCUCCGUUUUAAAAUAAAAUAUUAAUGGGGUUAUAUUCUACUACCCAUAGGUACCUAAAUGUAGGCAAUUAAUUAACACUUUGUAUAAAUAUUGUAAAAAAUGUAAUUUAAGUUUACCUACGUAUUAAGAUUUUGUGGUUUACUUUAUCAAUAAAUUAUAUUAUGUUAAUGUAUUAAGAUUUUCCAAAUAAAUUAUGUUUUAAUUU